GUUAAGAAGCACCACGGCGGACAAAGCUCAGCUGCAAGAGUCGAUCAAAGCGCAAGACGAAGUUGUCAGGAAACUUAAAGAAGCAAAGGCUAGCAAGGACCAGUGCUAACGUUGCUGACCAGUGUUUUCCUGUCUUCCUGCUCGGUCCAUCCUGCCAUCGGUGGUGUGACCAACAACCUUCUCCACCUUCAAUCUGCUGGGACACCAACAUCCAUCUCGUGGGAUAUCAACUCAAUACCUUUUUAUGAUUUGAAACUUGCCUUGCUGAAUUGGGUCAUUUUGACACUGAACUACUACCUUUGCUGGCAACAUGAACGCAAUUGGGAUGGUUUCUGGGAAACUGUGGACUGGGUUUCUCGGCCCUCGGAUUGGACUCUGUAACUAUGCUCUGCGGGCUUGUCACACAAACACACAGAUUGUAGAGGAAGUGGCGAAGCUGUUGGACCUGAAGACUCAGCUGGGAACCGACGAUGGCAAACAAAUGUUCGCCCUCAAGACCCCAAAGGGGACCAGGGACUAUAACCCAAAGCAAAUGGCCAUCCGAGAAAGCGUGUUUAACACCAUCACCAGCUGCUUCAAACGCCAUGGUGCUGAGACCAUUGACACCCCUGUGUUUGAGUUAAAGGAAACUCUAACAGGAAAAUAUGGUGAAGACUCCAAACUCAUUUAUGAUCUGAAGGACCAGGGAGGAGAGCUGCUGUCUUUGCGCUAUGAUUUAACUGUUCCAUUUGCCCGAUACCUAGCCAUGAAUAAAAUCAGUAACAUUAAGAGAUACCACAUUGCGAAGGUCUACAGAAGGGACAACCCAGCCAUGACAAAAGGGCGUUACAGGGAGUUCUAUCAGUGUGAUUUCGAUAUUGCUGGCCAAUAUGAUCCCAUGAUUCCUGAUGCCGAGUGCAUAAAGGUCGUGCAUGAGAUACUGGCUGAGCUGCAGCUUGGAGAUUUCCGCAUCAAGGUUAAUGACCGGCGGAUUUUGGAUGGCAUGUUUGCUGUUUGUGGUGUCCCAGAUGACAAGUUCCGGGCCAUUUGCUCAACAGUAGACAAACUAGAUAAGGCCUCUUGGGAGGAGGUGAAGAAUGAGAUGGUUGGAGAGAAGGGCUUGGCUCCUGAGGCUGCAGACAGGAUCGGGGAAUACGUCCGAAUGCACGGUGGUUUUGAUCUGGCAGAAAAGCUCCUUCAAGACCCACAGCUGUCCCAAAACGAACACGCACUUGAAGGGCUCACUGACAUGAAGGAUCUCUUCAAAUACCUGGAGCUCUUCAAAAUCACUGAUAAGGUGAUCUUUGACCUGAGCCUGGCCCGUGGCCUUGAUUACUACACUGGGGUGAUCUACGAGGCGGUCCUGAUUCAGCCACAGAAUGUCCACCCCUCGGAGGAGCUGGUCAGCGUGGGCAGCGUGGCCGGAGGGGGCCGCUACGACGGGCUGGUUGGGAUGUUUGACCCCAAAGGCAGGAAGGUGCCCUGUGUGGGAGUCAGCGUUGGGAUCGAGAGGGUCUUCUCAAUCCUGGAACAGAAGGCAGAGGCCUCUGAAGAGAAGAUCCGAACCACAGAAACUCAGGUCCUGGUGGCCUCUGCACAGAAGAACCUGCUGGAAGAGCGAUUAAAACUGACAUCUGAACUGUGGGAUGCUGGGAUAAAAGCUGAGGUUCUGUAUAAGAAGAACCCAAAGCUUCUGAGCCAGUUGCAACACUGUGAAGAGACAGGAAUCCCGCUCGUCGCUAUUAUCGGAGAGCAGGAACUGAAGGAGGGGGUUGUCAAGCUCAGAAACGUAUCCACCAGAGAAGAGGUGGAUGUGUCUCGAGUUACCCUGGUAGAAGAAAUCAAGAAGAGAAGCAUCCAGUCGUAGACCAUCUGAUCUUCACCUAGCCCUGCACCCUCCUUUAUCUGCCGUGUCCAACUGCUUUUACCUUCACUAAUGUCACAGAACUUACUUAAAAAUACAAUCACUGCGCGUCCAAUAUUUAUGGUAUAAGGGGUAGAAAAUCAAGUUCAUUUAAUAAUUUAGGACAUGGUUGGAACAAAAACCUGGACUGGAAGUACUGACUUCUGCAAAUACAGUACUUGUAUGAACCUCUAAAGCAGGGAUCUCCAACCCUGAUCCAGGAGAGCACCAGUUCUGCAGGUUUUCUAGGUAUCUUUACAUCAUCAAUGGCUAAAGAUCUGGAACACCUGUUAAUCUUCACUAAUUAAGCCAAUAAUUGGUGCAAUUAAGUAACAGCUCGGUUGAAAAGAAAACCAAAAGGCGCAGUGACUCUCCAGGAACAGGGUUGGAGACCUGUCAGUCAAACAACUGAUUUAAUUGUGAAUUACAAUAAUUAUAAACAAACAAACUGGCUGGUUGGGGGCUUUUUAGGAGGAGGUCAGUUAACUUUUCUCUUUCCUGAACACAAACAGCAAGGGUGGCCGAAGUUGGGCUUUCCAGUCCUGGUCUUUGUUCCAACUCUGUUAUAAAUGUGUUUAAUUGAACCCAUUAAAUCUCUGUAUUGGGUAUCCAUAUUAUUACAACUUGUUGGAAAACAUGGAUCGAGAAUUAAUUAGCAGUUUGCUACGCAUGUGGACUGGCAGAGCUAUACUGGUGUUCUUUUCUGAAGAGAGACUAAUAUUGCAGAUAGCAGACUGUUUGGUUCAAAUUGCAUGUACUGCUAACAAUUGAUAAGAGACCUUGCGUCUACAAGCUUCUUGUCCAACAUUGACUGCAAGCUAACAAGAUAACAAUGCUGUGGACCAGAAGGGGCCAGGCUCUAAGACUUUUGGAAUACAAAGCAUAAAGGAGCUAAAAGGCUCCCAGGGACUGCCGUUGGACCCAAAGGUUCUCAGGGAGAAUAAGAGAUAAUGCCAAUGGACUCAAAGGGUCUCAGGCAAAACAGAGAGAUAUGAACAAGGAAGAUAACAAAAAACUAGAUGGAUGGACCUUUUGGGGCACCACCAGGGGUCUGAAGAAUGCACUGAGUUCAGAGGUUGUCACACUAGAUUACACACACAGACACACACACACUAAAUUAAAUAUAUGGUAACAGAAUAAUGUGUUGUACCUUUUCUAUUGGUUAAGUGUUAGAGAAAGAGGAGGUGGACCAUCUAUACAGAAGGGUAUUUAAUGUCAUGCAACAAUUGUAAGAACGAGUAUUCUGUUUGUCCUGUACCUGGGACCAGACUCCCUGCAUAUUUCAAUAAACCUAACAACUGAUUGAAGAAAA